CUUCACCCAUCAAUCCCAACUACCUAACACAACGACUAAACCUCCUUUGGGAAUACUUCCUUAUACUGUAUAGACAAUGUAUCUUAACAAAAUACUUCAUGCCGAUCCAUACAUGUAAAGUACAAUCUCGUGAUGUUCUUUCCAGAAUCCCCAUCAUCGUCAUUUUCCCAUUACCCCUCGCUUUGCACCCUGCGUCAUCAACACCUCCAUUCCACCAUCCAUAUCAUCUCCCCAAGACCUGGGCUUCAACUCCCCUUACGAGGCGACUUUCUAGAGUGAAGAAAAAAAGCCACACUCUCCCCUCGACCAUUCCCCUCAUUGGAUCCAUCGCUAUGAACACAGCAUCCUCGCCUUGGCGUUUGAUACCCUAUUCCUGGGGUCCGCGUUUGAUGCCCUACGACAUCCUCCCAUCCCUGUCAGACCCUCGCAGCCAUUCGUACCACCCACUCCAUCCGACGUUUCUCUCGCAAUUGCAUUUGUCUGGAGCAAAAGGUAACCGUUCAUGACUGCAUGCUAGCCGUAGCCGCAUUCUUUUCCCACCCUCCCCAAUACCCAAUACCCAAUAGCGCUAGCGGUGAGAAAUAGAUACUCUCGGACGUAGAGAACACCCAUCAGUCGUUCCACC